AACCCAACGGCUCCCCCGGAGCGCCUCCUUUCAAAAAAUUCAAAUCUCAGUCUAAAGCCCGCUCUUUCUCCCUUUCAGAUUUAUUUCUCCGAUAAACAAACCCACAAAGGCCAAAAAAAGAAAAAAAAAGAAAAAAAAAGAGAAGGAACCAAAUUCAAAAACCCGAUCUAAACAGUCACAUAGAUCAACAAAAACAAAGCAAAAAUCAUAUCGAAAAUAGUUUCCUGCGAUUCUUCACCUCUUCAACGAUUUGAAAAAUGUCCGGUCGCCACGAAAGAGAGAAAGGCGUCAACGUUCAAGUCCUCCUCCGUUGCAGGCCAUUUAGUGAAGAUGAGUUAAAGAACAAUGCGCCGCAGGUAGUGACUUGUAAUGAGUUCCAACGAGAAGUGGCUGUUUCGCAGAACAUCGCCGGGAAGCAUAUCGAUAGGGUUUUCACUUUCGAUAAGGUAUUUGGGCCAACGGCCCAACAAAAAGAUCUAUACGAACAAGCAGUGGUUCCGAUUGUGAAUGAAGUCUUAGAAGGUUUUAACUGUACUAUUUUUGCUUAUGGGCAAACUGGUACUGGCAAAACUUACACUAUGGAAGGUGAAUGCAAGAGGGGAAAGGCGGGACAUAAUGGGGAAUUGCCAGCUGAUGCAGGGGUUAUCCCGAGAGCAGUUCAACAAAUAUUUGAUACAUUAGAGGGUCAGAAUGCAGAAUACAGCGUAAAAGUUACAUUUUUGGAACUAUAUAAUGAGGAAAUUACUGAUUUACUUGCGCCUGAAGAAAUUUCAAAAGUUGUUUUGGAGGAGAAGCAGAAGAAGACGUUGCCACUUAUGGAAGAUGGGAAAGGUGGAGUUCUUGUGAGAGGUUUAGAAGAAGAAAUUGUUACAAGUUCUAGUGAGAUAUUUACUUUGCUUGAAAGAGGGUCUGCUAAACGUCGAACUGCAGAAACUUUGUUGAAUAAGCAGUCAAGUCGGUCGCAUUCUUUAUUUUCUAUUACAAUUCAUAUUAAGGAGGCGACACCAGAAGGUGAAGAGCUUAUAAAGUGUGGGAAGCUGAAUUUGGUUGAUUUAGCAGGAUCAGAAAAUAUAUCUCGAUCUGGCGCUAGGGAUGGUCGUGCAAGAGAAGCUGGUGAAAUUAAUAAGAGUUUGCUUACUCUAGGACGAGUUAUAAGUGCUCUUGUGGAGCAUCUUGGGCAUGUUCCAUACAGGGAUAGCAAGCUUACUCGAUUACUCCGUGAUUCACUUGGGGGAAGAACGAAGACUUGCAUUAUAGCAACAGUUUCUCCUGCUGUCCAUUGUCUGGAGGAGACCUUAAGCACACUUGAUUAUGCACACAGGGCAAAACACAUAAAAAAUAAGCCUGAGGUGUGUGGCACAUAA